AUGUGUCGUCGUGCUGACGUGCCUUCGGGCUCGACGAACAUCACCCAUGGCCGUGAGGUCCUGCCCACCAAUGUCAAGCCGGUCCAUUAUGACCUGACCUUGGAGCCGAACUUCGAGUCUUUCAAAUAUGAGGGUACCGUUGUGAUCGACCUCCAGGUCACCGAAGACACCACUUCCAUUUCCCUCAACUCCAACGAGAUCGACAUCCACAGUGCCAUCGUCUCCGCUCAGGGCUCCGUCGUCACCUCCAGCCCGGAGAUCUCCAUCAACAAGGAUAACCAGGUAGCUACCGUCAAGUUCGCCGAGACGAUUCCCGCCGGAUCCUCCGCUCAGCUGAAGCUCACCUUCACCGGCAUCCUCAAUGACAAUAUGGCCGGUUUCUACCGGUCGUCCUACAAGACAAAAGAUGGCGAGACCAAAUAUCUUGCUUCGACGCAGAUGGAGCCCACGGAUGCCCGCAGAGCGUUCCCCUGCUUCGACGAGCCUGCCCUCAAAGCCAAGUUCACUGUGACUUUGAUCGCUGACAAGAGCAUGACCUGCCUGAGCAACAUGGACGUUGCAUCGGAGACUGAUGCCGAGGGCGGCAAGAAGGUCGUCAAGUUCAACACUUCCCCGCUCAUGUCUACUUACCUGGUCGCUUUCAUUGUCGGCCAUCUAAACUACAUUGAGACGAAGGACUUCCGUGUCCCCAUCCGUGUGUAUGCUACUCCGGAUCAGGAUAUUGAGCAUGGUCGCUUCUCGUUGGAUCUGGCCGCUAAGACACUGGCGUUCUACGAAAAGGCUUUUGAUAACUCUUUCCCUCUCCCUAAGAUGGACAUGGUCGCCGUGCCGGACUUCAGUGCAGGCGCCAUGGAGAACUGGGGUCUGAUCACCUAUCGUAUCGUCGAUGUGCUCUUGGACGAGAAGAACAGCGGUGCUUCGCGCAAGGAGCGUAUUGCCGAGGUUGUUCAGCACGAAUUGGCUCACCAGUGGUUCGGAAACCUUGUCACCAUGGAUUUCUGGGAUGGUCUUUGGCUCAACGAAGGCUUUGCCACCUGGAUGUCGUGGUACUCUUGCAACAGCUUCUUCCCCGAGUGGAAGGUCUGGCAGACUUACGUCAUCGACAGCUUGCAGGGCGCGCUUUCCCUCGACUCUCUGCGUAGUAGCCACCCUAUCGAGGUGCCUGUCAAGCGUGCCGACGAGAUUAACCAGAUCUUCGAUGCCAUUUCCUACAUGAAGGGUUCCUCUGUCCUGCGUAUGAUCUCUAAGUACCUGGGAGAGGAUGUUUUCAUCCAGGGUGUCCGUAACUACAUCAAGAAGCACGCUUAUGGAAACACCCAGACUGGUGAUCUGUGGGCUGCUCUCGCUGACGCAAGUGGAAAGCCUGUCGAGCAGGUCAUGGACAUCUGGACCAAGAAUGUCGGAUUCCCUGUGGUCACUGUGGCCGAGGAUGCUGCCAGCUCGUCGAUCAAGUUGACCCAGAACCGCUUCCUGCGUACUGGUGAUGUCCGCCCAGAGGAGGACACUACUCUUUACCCUGUCAUGUUGGGCUUGCGUACCAAGCAAGGUCUUGAUGAAAACACCAUGUUGACUGAGCGUGAGGGCCAGUUCAAGGUUCCAGACCUUGAUUUCUACAAGCUGAACGCUGACCAUUCUGCUAUCUAUCGUACCUCCUAUACCCCUGAACGGCUCACUAAGCUCGGUGAGGCGGCCAAGCAGGGCCUGCUAACGGUCGAAGACCGCGCCGGUAUGAUCGCAGAUGCUGGUGCCCUCGCUUCGUCUGGCUACCAGAGCACCUCUGGUUUGCUCUCGCUCCUCAAGGGCUUUGACAACGAAUCGGAGUUUAUCGUGUGGAAUGAGAUCGUGGCCCGCGUUGGCACUCUCCGGGCUGCAUGGCUCUUCGAGGAUAUCCAAGCUAGGGAUGCCCUGAAGGCGUUCCAGCGCGCUUUGGUCAGCUCCAAGACUCACGAGAUUGGCUGGGAAUUCUCAGAGAAGGACGGCCACAUCCUGCAGCAGUUCAAGGCGCUCUUGUUCAGCGCUGCCGGCUCGGCCGAGGAUCCAGUUGUCGUCAAGGCUGCCCAGGAGAUGUUCCAACGCUUUGCUGCGGGCGAAACCAGCGCCAUCCAUCCGAACAUCCGCGGUAGCGUUUUCAGCAUUGUUCUGAAGAACGGUGGCGAGAAGGAGUACAAUGUCGUGUACGACCGAUUCCGCAACGCUCCUACUUCUGAUGAGAAAACCACGGCUCUUCGCUGCCUCGGCUCUGCUGAAGACCCGGCCCUCAUUCAACGUACUCUGGGUCUUGCCCUCAGCGAUGAAGUUAAGAACCAGGAUAUCUACAUGCCUCUUGGCGGUCUGCGCAACCACACAGCCGGUAUUGAGGCUCGCUGGGCUUGGAUGAAGAACAACUGGGAUGCACUCUACAAGCGCCUGCCUCCAGGACUUGGUAUGCUGGGCACUGUUGUUCAACUCACUACCUCCAGCUUCUGCACCGAGUCUCAGUUGAAGGAGGUGGAGGACUUCUUCAAGGACAAGGAUACCAAGGGCUUUGAUCGUGCUGUUGAGCAGAGUCUUGAUGCCAUCAGGGCCAAGAUCAACUGGAUCAACCGUGACCGCACUGACGUGGAAUCUUGGCUGAAGUCGAAUGCCUAUCUCCGCGAUGGCAAAUUGUGA